AUGUCGACCGGUGAUCCCGAGGGUCCAGCUGGCGAGUUCAGCGUCCGUAAGGAUGCGGCUGGCGCAGCCGCAAAGCCGCGAUCCGUGCCGUUCAAUCGCAACAAUAACCUGCUCGAGGCGAAGUCCGACUCGGAGCUGUCGCAGGUGCUGGUCGAAGCGAAGAAGACCAAACGGCCAGUUGUUGUGACGUAUGGCGCCAGCUGGUGCCAUGCGUGCAGCAAGAUGCUUCCCACCUUUUUCAACCUGAGCAACGAGUACUCACGGCCCAUCUUUGUGUACGCUGAUGUGGAUAAAUGCACUCAGAUGGCGGAGGACGUUCGCUACACCCCCACCUUCCGCUUUUUCCGUGAGGGCAGUAAAGUGGACGAGUUCUAUGGGGCAGGUCCACAGAGGCUCCGGGAUAGAAGACGGUUCACCGCCUUUGCCACGUCGUCCGGCUCGACAUCCACGUCAGAAGCCGAGCAGAAGCAACAACAAGAAGCCACGUCAGACGCCAAGAAACCCGCGUUCGAGGACGUGCCGGAAGUAAUCGACGAAGACGUCGGCGAGGUCGAGAAGAUUUUGGGAAGCCGCGUGGCGGAGGACGGCGUGACGCAGUACCUGAUCGAGUGGAAGGACGACCACCCCGACAGCUGGGAGCCGCGCGAGAACGUCGCGGCGGACCUCGUGGCGCAGUUCGAGGAGCCGUGGUGGACUGCGGUGCGGCGCGGCGACGACGCUAAGAUCGAGGAGCUGCUGGCGGAGGGGCGCGACGUGAACGCCGUCGAUGGGAAUGGGCGGUCCGGGCUGCUGUUCGCCGCGGGGCUUGGGAAUGAGAAGCUGGUUCGCAAACUACUGGAGGAGGGAGCUGACGUGGCGUGGCAGGACAAGGAGGGCUACAGCGCGCUGCAUAUAGCUGCGGGCUACGUGCACUCCACAAUAGUGCGCGCGCUGCUGGACCACGGGGCGGACCCCGAGCAGGAGGACAAGCAGCAGCGCUCGCCCCUCAUCCUCGCGGAGCAGCUGCUUAAGGCCACUCCCGCUAAUAACCCCGGUGCACAACCCCUUCCUUCGUCCCCUUGUCAGUUCGCCCGGUGCCUGCCUCUUGACAACGUGUUCGCCCGGUGCCUGGCGCUUGACAACGUGUUUGCGCGGCGCCUGGCCCUUGACAACGUGGUGAAGAUGCUGGAUGAGGCGGUGUUUGAGGAAUCCGAGGUGGAUCAGAUCCUAGACAAGCGCAUAGCGGAGGACGGCACCGUUGAGUACUUAGUUAAGUGGCAGGAUGACUCGGAGGACAGCUGGGAACCGGUGGAGAACAUUGGGGAGGACUUAGUUAAGGAUUUUGAAGAGGGGUUGGAGUAUGGUGUAGCGGAGAAGAUUUUGGAGAAGCGGGUGGUGGGGGCGUCACAGGGUGGCGGGGAGGGUGUGGUGGAGUACUUAGUUAAGUGGCAGGACUCGGAUGAGAACACGUGGGAGCCGGAAGGGAACGUGGCGGCUGAUGUGAUUGCAGAGUUUGAGGGGGUGAGUGUGGAGGAGGUGGAGGCACGGCUGGGGAAAGAGGGAGAGAAGUAG